ACGAAUAAUUAACUUUAACAAAGAGACACCGAUCUUCCCCAACUGUGUCGGAUCCACUUGUCCUCCUGUGUAAACAUGGCAGUCCCGAGUCAACUUGUCAGGGAGAAAUUUCCCAACAUUGAUGAGGAAAUAUUCCAAUAUGUGGAAGGUGUUCUCACUAGCACAGAGGACUUUGAGAGUAGUGAGGAUGUUUACGAUGCCAUCGGAAGCCUCCUAGCAGAUGCUGUUGGAGUUGAAAGGGAGGAUGAAAUAAGGAAAUUAUGUGACCAGGUGAUGUCAACACUGACAGUAUCUAAUGGCACGAUAGAACGGAAGAUCUUAGAUGCUCCCGUGCAGUUGGCAGAAAUGGCUGCCAACAUGGAGGUGGAAGACGAGGCCAUCAAGUCAGUCUGGUCAAGAGAACGGGAUGACACAUUGAAAGUUGACCAGAAGAAAUUAGACAAAGCCGAAGCCAAAUUAAAAGAAAAGAAGGAAAAGAGAGUAAAUGCGGAUAAGAAGGAACAAGCUCCUAUUAUUAUGGAAAUGGCAACAGCAUCACAGGUCGUAAGCAAAAAAGACAGAGCACUGGAUGCCAAGGGUAGCUGUAAUACAAAGGACAUCAGAAUAGAAAGUUUCGAUGUAGCAUAUGGAGAAAAAGUGCUUAUUCAAAAUGCAACAAUUUCUUUAGCCUUCGGAAGACGAUAUGCGCUAGUGGGCAGGAACGGUCUUGGGAAAACUACUCUUUUACGGAUGAUUGCAAGUCGGACUUUGCGCAUUCCUGGGCACAUCUCGGUGUUACAUGUUGAACAAGAAGUGGUUGGUGAUGACACCUUAGCAAUAGAGAGUGUACUUGAAUGCGAUACGCAACGUAAGAAUCUUCUAGACAAAGAGAAAGAACUGCAGACGAGAAUAGCAAAUGGGGACUCCGACGAUACCCUGUCCUCCCAGCUGUCAGAAGUAUAUGCUGAGCUACAGGCCAUUGAGGCAGACAAGGCCCCAGCCAAGGCCAGUGUCAUCCUGAAUGGUUUGGGUUUCAACCCUGAAAUGCAGACGAGGAAGACCCGUGAAUUCUCUGGCGGUUGGAGAAUGAGGAUUGCUCUCGCUAGGGCACUGUUCACGCAACCAGACCUGCUGUUGCUUGAUGAGCCGACAAACAUGUUGGAUAUGAAGGCCAUUAUAUGGCUUGAGAACUACUUAUUAACCUGGCCGACAACGCUCCUUGUAGUCUCCCACGACAGGCAUUUCUUAGAUAUGGUUCCGACAGAUGUUUUACACCUCCACUCGCAGGCCAUAGACAGUUAUAAGGGCAAUUAUGAGAACUUUUCCACGACAAGGGAGGAGAGACACAAGAACAUGCAGAGAGAGUACGAAGCCCAGUCGCAGUUCCGGCAGCACGUCCAGGAGUUCAUUGACAAGUUCCGAUACAAUGCCAAGCGAGCAUCACUGGUCCAGUCAAAAAUUAAAAUGCUGGAAAAGCUCCCAGAACUGAAGCCUGUAGAAAAAGAAACAAUUGUAACGCUAAGGUUCCCAGAGGCAGAGAAGCUGAAUUCCCCAAUCCUGCAAUUAGACGAAGUAGAGUUCUCUUACAAAAAGGACGUAGUCAUUUUCAGCAAAGUCAACCUUUCCGCUGCCAUGGAUUCGAGAAUAUGUAUUGUUGGUGAAAAUGGUACAGGAAAAACAACUUUGCUUAAGAUUUUGCUCGGGGAUUUGUCUCCCACAAAGGGACACAGGUUCUGUAAUAGAUCAUUAAGAAUAGGCUACUUCACCCAGCAUCACGUGGACCAAUUGGAUAUGCGAUUAUGUCCUGUUGAACUUCUUCAGAGCAAAUACACAGGAAAACCUGUUGAGGAGUAUCGCCGUCAGCUUGGUGCUUUUGGCGUUAGUGGAGAUUUGGCUGUGCAGCAACUGGCCAGUCUGUCAGGAGGUCAAAAGUCCAGAGUGGCCUUCUCACUGAUUUGCAUGGGCAAUCCCAACUUCUUCAUUCUUGACGAACCGACCAAUCACUUAGAUAUUGAGACGAUCGAAGCGUUGGGGAAGGCAAUACAGAAGUUUAAGGGUGGUGUGGUCCUCGUAUCCCACGACGAACGGCUCAUCCGCAUGGUUUGCACCGAGCUGUGGGUGUGUGGGGACAAGCAGGUCGUCUGCAUGGAGGGUGGCUUCGACGAGUACAGAGCCAUUGUGGAGAAGGAGAUUCAGGCCACCAUAUAAAGGGCAUUCUAGGCUUCAAACAAUUUUUACAUAAAUGCCAUUGACUAUACGCUCGCAAGACAAAGUGGAAGUUUUGAAUUUUUAUGUAUAAUUUUCUUUUUUCAUAUUCUUUUCCUUCUCUUAAGCUUUGUUUGUUUGUUUUUUUUUUUUUUUUCCUUUUAUUAUUGACAUUAUCAUUAUCAU